AUAAGUACGUUGUUAGAUCUGAGUCAAAAUGACAAAAGAAGCAUUGUUAUUAAGUUGUAAACAAAAUGAUCUUUAUUCGACACCAUAUCUCAAUGAUGUUUUAUAUCUUCAUUUUAAAGGUUAUUCCGUCAUUGAAAAUUUAGAAGAGUACACUGGUUUGAAGUCACUAUGGUUAGAAAAUAACGGUUUAACUAAAAUUUCUGGCCUUGACCAACAAAAAAAACUUGUUUUCAGAAAAAUGAAAUCUCUUCGUGUGUUGACAUUAAUUGGAAAUCCAAUAAUUACAGAAAUAAAAAAUUACCGAAAAACACUUAUUCUCAAAUGUUUAGAAUUACUUAAUCUGGAUAAUAGAUCAAUAUCUAAAAAGGAUCGGGUGUGUACAGAGGCAUGGAACAUUGGUGGUCUAGAAGCAGAACAAAUCAUGAGAACACAAUUAAUAAAUGAAGAACGUCAGAGAAUGAACGAAUCGGUGUCUGCAUUAUUAAAAUUACGAGAUGAUCAUAUAAUUAAUCAAAUAGACACUCAAUUGGAGCCAAAUAAAAUAAAAAAUUAUACUUUUGAGUGUAAUGAAAAAAAAAGUGAAGAUAAAAUUAAGACUUUUUCUACUGAUCAAAAAAUUACUGAUUCAUAUCAUGAUGAAUAUGCAAUGAAAUCAUCCAAUAUAAAUCGAGUUCAUGAUAUAUGUAUAAUCAAAGAGGCUGAGCAUAUUAAGACAUCAACAACAACAAAUAAAAUAACAUCUAAUACAUCAGAUAAAUCUUUAUAUAAAUUAUCAUUAAAUAAAUGUAAAGCAAAUGUGAAUGUAGAACCAAAGGAUAUGUUUUGUCGAAAUAAGAUUAAUAAACAUAUUGUUGAAAUUGAUCAACACACAUGUUCUGGGGACUUUAGUCAAAGAAUAAAAAAUAUUAAUCUGAACGUACUAUAA